AUGGGAAACAGCUGUGUGUGCAGAGAGGACAGUGAUUUUGAGGACCACCACCAAGGGUCAACCCGGGCAUCCCGGGGACAAUCUAGACGGGUUGAUCAUGGACCUACAGCUGGCCCUGAGGUUGGAGAAGCACGCAGCAGCCGGCCUAGGGAUCCUGUUAGGCCUCCACGAAGAGGAAGAGGGCCACAUGAGCCGAGACGCAAGAAGCAAAAUGUGGAUGGCCUAGUGCUGGACACACUGGCUGUCAUCAGGACACUUGUAGACAAUGACCAAGAACCCCCUUACUCUAUGAUAACUUUGCAUGAAAUGGCAGAGACAGAUGAUGGCUGGUUGGAGGUAGUACAGUCACUUAUUCGAGUUAUACCUCUGGAUGAUCCUCUGGGUCCUGCUGUCAUUACACUUCUUUUGGAUGAGUGUCCACUGCCUACAAAAGAUGCGCUUCAAAAAUUGUCUGAUAUGUUGAAUCUGAGCGCAGCUGUAGCAAAACAAGAUGCUUUAUGUCCUGCGAAACACAGAAACACUACAGCAGUUCUGGGGUGUUUGGCUGAAAAAUUAGCAGGGCCAGCAAGUAUUGGCCUUUUGAGUCCAGGAACUCUUGAAUAUCUUCUGGAAAGCCUUAGUUCAGAAGCUCACCCAACAGUCAUGUUGUUUGCUCUCAUUGCCUUGGAAAAAUUCUCACAAACAAGUGAGAACAAACUAACAGUGUCAGAGUCUUGCAUCAGUAAUCAGCUUGCUGUUCUUGAGUCUUGGGCAGAACACCAAGAUUACUUAAAGCGGCAAGUUGGAUUCUGUGCCCAAUGGAGCCUGGACAACUUGUUUUUAAAAGAAGGACGUCAGUUCACAUAUGAAAAAGUAAAUCUCACGAACAUCAACGCCAUGCUCAACAGUAAUGAUGUCAGCGAGUACCUCAAGAUCUCUCCUACUGGACUAGAAGCACGAUGCGAUGCGUCAUCUUUUGAAAGUGUCCGCUGUACGUUCUGCGUUGAUUCGGGUAUCUGGUAUUACGAAGUAACAGUCAUUACAUCAGGUGUAAUGCAAAUAGGAUGGGCUACCAAGGACAGCAAGUUCCUCAACCAUGAGGGGUAUGGAAUAGGAGAUGAUGAGUAUUCAUGUGCGUAUGAUGGCUGCAGGCAGCUCAUCUGGUAUAAUGCUCGCAGCAAACCCCAUGCUCAUCCUUGCUGGAAAGAAGGUGAUGCUAUUGGCUUCCUCUUGGAUCUUAGCAAAAAGCAAAUGGUCUUCUACUUGAAUGGACACCAACUUCCCCCAGAAAAACAAGUCUUUUCAUCUGCAACGUCCGGAUUCUUUGCAGCUGCUAGUUUUAUGUCAUAUCAACAGUGUGAAUUUAACUUUGGGUCCAAACCUUUUCGCCAUCCUCCUUCAGUCAAGUUCAGCACUUUUAAUGAUUUUGCUUCUUUACUGCCAAGCGAAAAGAUAAUUUUGCCCAGACACAGACGAUUAGCAUUAUUAAAACAGGUUAGCAUUCGAGAUAAUUGCUGCACGUUGUGUUGUGAUGUGAUGGCUGACACAGAACUGCGACCAUGUGGACAUGGUGGUAUUUGUAUGGAGUGUGCCUUACAGUUAGAGACGUGCCCCUUAUGCCGCCAGGACAUCCAGACUCGUGUCAGGCUGAUUGCACAUGUGUCCUGA